GUCUCUCGCAGAGGGUAACUUUGUCAUGUACUCCACGUUUCACUUUAAGGAUGGAGUACAAGAGGCAUUCAACAAUCACGCAUCGCUGGCCAUAUGGCGGUGGCAGUUCGUGGUCGAUUUGAGUUUACAGCUAAAUAUCCCUCCCCUGUGUCAAAACAGCUAUUCAUCUGUGCUUUCAGCGGUUCAAAAAAUGCAUUUCAGGCAUGGACAUUUCACUCAGCCGUAGGAAAAAGCAGGCAAAGGCAACCCAUUUCCGAAAAACUUUUACCAAAAAAACUGCAGGAACUGUUACAUCAGCUGCUUCCAAGAAUCAACACUGACUCGAAGGGGUAAAAAAAAAAAAAAUCUUAUUUGGUGGAGGAAAGGGUCAGCUGGUAGGAUCAGGUCACCAAUACAUCCGAUAGAAAUCUGGAUCUUACCCAUAUUCCCCAGUGUUGUCUUUCCUGAUAUGGGGGGGACCAAUGCUAAAAAAUUAAUUGCGCACAAAAAGAAGAGUUCCUAAAACCGAGAAGCACAGUAUUGCUUUGAUUUCGUUUUUUGUGAAUGAAAUGACUUGGGAACAUAUUUCAGAGUUCUCCUUCAAAGAGCUCUGGACUGUUGUAUAGGACGACCCCUGGUGGUAAUUAAAGCAACUGCGGUAACCCGAAGAAAGAUGAAGAAUAGAAUUAGAAGAUUUCAUAAUGAAUAGUAGUAUGAAUCUGCUAUCCACUGACAUAUAUAAAGAAAAACAGGAAUAGUGCAUUAGGGAUUUUUUGUGUGUGCUUUAUGACAUGUUGUCAAAACUGAUUAGAAAUCAGUUUUUUAAUAGUUUAGGAGGCAGCAUCAAUGGUAUUAAAAGAAAUCUAAAAUGAUAUUCAUAAUAAUUAAAUUAAAAAUAUUGUAUGCAUCAUCAAAAGCAACCAUAUAUAAUUCAUAAAUAUUUUAGUUGGAUUAGAAGCUAUGCUAAAAACAAUUCAAAAUUAAAAAAUUCAGUUCAAAAUUACUGUUCCCAUGGCUGAUAGACUGGGAAGUCCAUUAUGACAUAAGGCCUUCCACUGUGACAUCAUAUCUACUAUGUCAAGUAGGUACUGUAACAGUGUUCACAGGAAAAAGGACACAGUUCUUUAUCUAUUUUGAUGGUUUUUACUCACAGUUCUGUUGAAUGUGAAUAAGGGCGUGUGUAAGACAAAGAAUCAGUAAUACAGAAGAAGAAAACAAAACAGUUAAACAUGCUCCUUGAACUGAAGUCUGGAGAAUCACAUGCCUAUCUCAUGCUUACAGUGAAACCAUGGCAACCAAUGAUAAAGUAGCUAUCUUAACUGAUGAUGAAGAAGAGCAGAAGAGUAAAUAUGUGCUUGCUGACCCUUUCAGUGAGAUUCCUAAGGAGCAAGACCUCCAAACUCAGAGUGAUACUCCUUCAACUGAGACCACUACUAUUCCAGAUGAAGAGCUUGAUUGGCUUGAAAGACACUGCGUGAAAGUGAAUAAUGAUCUCUUGAUCUCAAAAGUUUUUUAUUUUUUCUUUUAUGCUGCUUAUGGUUCCCUGUACCCAUUGCUUCCUGUGUACUACAAACAACUAGGCAUGACUCCCAGCCAGAGCGGACUCCUGGUAGGGAUUAGAUACUUCAUUGAAUUUUGCAGCGCUCCGUUUUGGGGAGUGGUAGCAGAUCGCUUUAAAAAGGGGAAAGUUGUUCUUCUCUUCUCCCUAUUAUGCUGGGUGCUGUUUAACGUGGGGAUUGGAUUUGUUAAGCCAGCAACCUUAAGGUGUGUAAUAAAGAAACCUAUCCCCGUUCUCCCUACCAAUGCCAGUCACCUUACAGCAGCAUCCCCGCAAAAUAUCUCCAUUUCUUCCGUCAUGCCCACUCUGGGAAGUACGAUAACAAAAGGUCAAGGGAAAAGAGAUUUGCUGACUUACAACUUGCCAACUCUGAGCUCAGCUUUGCCCACGAAUUCAAAAACUACCUUUUCUCCAACUAUUCAAAAUGGAGCUAGGAAGCGUGCUUUAAAAGAAGAAGAGGGUGCAACUGUUGCCAAUGCACCAAAAGGUAUUGUUACUACAGGUCUGUUGGGAAACACCAACCACACCACCGCAUCACCUGCAGUCACUACAAAAACAGCCCCUCCUGCCCAUUUUACUCUUGUAUAUGAUCAUCAGGAGGUUGAAGCGAUCUUCUUGCUCAUCCUCCUUGUUGUGAUUGUGGGAGAGUUUUUCAGUGCCUCCUCAGUCACUAUAGUGGACACCGUGACACUGCAGUAUCUUGGCAAACACCGGGACCGUUAUGGGCUACAGCGAAUGUGGGGGUCUCUGGGCUGGGGACUGGCCAUGCUGUCAGUAGGCAUUGGCAUUGACUCUACCCGUAUUGAUGUGCUCAUUGAAGGCCAAGGCUGUAAGUCUCCAGACUACAAGAACUACAGGAUUGUUUUCAUAGUCUUUGGAGUCUUGAUGACACUCUCUUUGAUUGUGGCCACCCAGUUCAGGUUCCGGUACAAUCACUACAAGCAAGAGGAAAACCAAAGCACUGAGCCAGAGGAUUCCGGCGUGGACAGAAAUUCCUCCACAGAUUCCUCCCAUGACACUCAGAGUGAUACAAGCCAGUCCCAGUCUUUCAAUUUUUGGCACUUGAUUAAGCUGCUCUGCACUAUCCAGUAUGGCUCAGUGUUGUUUGUGGCAUGGUUUAUGGGUUUUGGAUAUGGCUUUGUGUUCACCUUCCUUUAUUGGCACCUGGAAGAUCUGAACGGCACCACCACACUUUUUGGAGUUUGCUCUGUUUUAAGUCACAUCUCUGAACUGACGGCAUAUUUCUUCAGCCACAAGCUGAUUGAGCUGAUUGGUCACAUCAGAGUUCUGUACAUCGGUCUUGCCUGCAAUACAGCUCGUUAUAUUUAUAUCUCCUAUCUAGAAAAUGCUUGGACUGUUCUGCCUAUGGAAGUCCUUCAAGGUGUGACCCACGCAGCCAUCUGGGCAGCUUGCAUUUCCUAUCUAAGUGCUGCUGUGCCCCCGGAACUGAGGACGUCAGCCCAGGGGAUCUUGCAGGGUCUUCACCUUGGCCUGGGCAGAGGAUGCGGAGCAAUGAUUGGUGGAGUGUUGGUCAAUUAUUUUGGAGCUGCCUCAACUUUCAGAGGGAUAGGAAUGGCUUUUCUUGUUAUCCUCUUGCUUUUUGCUUUGAUUCAGUGGAUAGCAGUUCAGGAUGACAAAGAAGACAAGACCAUGCUGGCCGAAAGGAUCCCGGUGCCUUCAAGUCCGGUGCCCAUUGCCACGAUUGAUCUGGUACAACAGACUGAAGAUAUUAUGCCUCGCCCAUUGCCCAAGCUUCCUGCCAAAAAGACCAAGCACCAAGAAGAGCAGGAAGAUGUACACAAGCCUGCUUGGGGUGUCAGUUCUUCACCCUGGGUUACUUUAGCCUAUGCUAUUUAUCAGAUAAAAGAGAUGGUUCAGCUCUCCAAAACCAAUCAGGCACUUGAGAACCAGCCUUUGCAGAAUGCCAGCAGUAAUCAUGAUUCCACGCCAGAUAGUCCCCUGGAUCAAAGACCUGAUGGUACAGUGGUAGAACCUUCAGUACCUACAGCUACCCCUGAAAACCACCCCAGUUUGGACUGCCCUGUUUCUUUGGGAAGCCGAGUUCAGUCUCCCGAGAGAAGGCAGGAAUAGAAAUUUCUUGAAUCCAUCUCGCAGCACUGAAUACUGCUCUUGGCAAUCAGAAAAAAAGACUGAUGUGGGAGUUUGAGACCUCACCUCUCUUCCUCUUGGCAAUAGUAACCUGAUGCGGCCAAAGCUUUUAAAAUAUUUAAUGCCUUUUCUGUGACAACACCUGAGGCCUGUUGCAGGAACAGUUUGAAGGCUAAGCAAAAGCGGCCAGGUUAAUGACUAGCAAAAAAGCAUGCUAUUUCAUCUGAAGUUUUUUUUCCCCUCCACCUGAAUGGAAGUGUUGUAAAACAAACACAUCUGAUUGUCUUGAUAAUUUUCUGGAUUGUAAUUAAUUUUCACAGACAAAACCCCCGCCGUUCAAUUCUGUUUCCUCUUACUUAAUGCACUUGAACAUUUUAAUUCAAUAUUAGGGAAAGGGAAGACAAGAGCUCGUGGCAGUUUUUUCUUAGACAGUGAUUAUUUAUUAUGAGGUGCAGGCUUCCCUAGAGCAGUUAAUCCACCAAAACCUCAGAGAAAAUACAGUAGUUAAAUAUGGAAAUGAAGGAAGGAGCCCCAUAGAAUUCUGUCUUUUGUAAAGACUUUUCAGAGAUGUUGUAGAACUUUUGGCUGGUAAAAUUCUACAUGAAACAUCUGUUGAAACCUUUCUAACCAGACAAGCGGCAUUUAUGUUGCUGUGGCCAAGCCGUAGAGCAUUAGUAAGGGCAUUUUAGAAAGAAACAGAACAGGAAAAUGUGGUUCUCCAUAAUUCUGCAAGAACGGGAUAUGGGUUGGAAUGUGUGAUGUUCUCUUUGAAGACCUGAACUGUGAUGAUACAGUUUGAAGGUACUGAUGGUUUUAUAUGGGAUGGAUCUGCCCUAAUCACCAAAGAGGGAUUGUCCUACAGAAGCAGUCUAUGUGGAUUCUCUUUUUUUGCCUCUCUGGUGUGUGAUGGGGAAACAUGAUUCCUUCCCCUCAGGCAGAUCUGAGAAGUUCCCACUUAACUUGUGUAGCACAAUAACAACAAAGGGUCAGAAAUGUCUAGCUUUGUUAGAUUUUUGGAGUGGUGAUGCUGAUGCCACAUUCCUAAUUGAGGCCUGCAGUCUGUUCUGAAAGCCGGUAAUGAGAGGCAUAUAUAUCAGCUGUUUCUUGAGAAGUUUUUCUUAGCCAGGCUGAUAUAGUUUAUUUUAUGAUAGAGUAUCUUUAUUUAAGGGGAAAGGGAAUAAAACUUUAUAGAAUAUAUUUAAAGUGCCUGUGGAUUGGGAAGGGGUGUAAAUCCUAAUUAUUGUAAAGGAAAGGAAGACAUAGUUAAUAUAAAAGCAGUUGGAAAAAGAGAAAAAUGGAUAGAGCAAAUUGAUCAUGUUGACUUAUCACUAAUUUGUCAAGACAUUGGCAGAUUCAGAUUUGACAUUUACAUUUCACUGAACUGAGUGCAGGUCCCAUACAUUCUUUGUUGUUAUAGCUGAGAGAAAAUGUUAGAAUCAAUUUUAUAGCGUUUAGGCUUCAAGCAUACUGAAUAUCAAAUUUAAUCUUCCAUUAGAGGAGUCCCAUUCAUGGGUGAUUUUGCCCAGAUGGUUUUUGACUUCUGGCAGCCAAUGGGAUGCCAUUUAUGUCCCAAGGGCUAGUGCAGCUCAUAGAAUUAAAUUUCAGAUACCCUUGAUUUUUGAAUGCAGAAUAUAGAAUACCUUAAGAUAGAUGCUAAGGGUGUUUUCCUUACAUAAGCCUUAAGGGACUGUUAACAAUCUAUACCUGGGACCAAAUAUGGGCAAGUAGUUAUUAGCUAUUUUUUGCACUUCAACUUAAAUGUACUGUAAAUUUCUCUUGACUUGUUUAAGUGACCUUUAAAAAUAAAAUCAGAAAUCUAUUUAUUAUAUGUUUAUAUUGCAGAGGAAAGGAAGGAAAUGAAUUUUUUUAAAAAAAAAGUAGACUAAAAUGGUUAUUUAAGAGGCAACGAAUCCUUUAGAUGAACUUAUCUGAACUAUGUGAUAAAUGCUGUGGUAAUAACUGUUAAUGUUGGAUACCUGAGUUGUAAGACUUACACAUUAUGUUUACAUAUCCAACCUGCCUGUCAAAUCAGUUUCUUCCUUGUUUGUGGACAAUGGGGCUGUAGAGAGCUCUCGUAUUUGUGAAGUUGUUAAAACGUAGUGAGAUAAAUAAAAUUUCAUGUAUACGUCAAAAA